UGGUCCCGGGGGGUGGCGUGUUGGAGGUGGAGGGGGAAGGGAAAACGAUGGGAGCCGCGCAGCCUCUGUCCGCCCUGUCGCGCUGGUAUCUCUACGCCAUCCACGGCUACUUCUGCGAAGUCAUGUUCACCGCCGCCUGGGAGUUCGCGAUGCACUUCAACUGGAAGUUCCCGGGCGUGACGAGCGUGUGGGCGCUCUUCCUAUACGGCACGUCCAUCAUGGUGGUGGAGUGCAUGUACUUGUACCUCAAGGAGCGCUGCAACGCCCCCUUACGCUGCCUGAUCUACACCCUGUGGACCUACUGUUGGGAGUUCUCCACCGGCUUCCUCCUGCGCCAGUUCAACGCCUGCCCCUGGGACUACUCCCAGUUCGACUACGACUUCAUGGGGCUGGUGACCCUGGAGUACUUUGUGCCCUGGUUCUGCGCCUCCUUCGUGGUGGAGAAGAUGGUGAUCAGGAACACGCUCAGGCUGCGCUUCGACCAGAGCGGGGAGUCUCCCCCGGCCUCGCCCUCGCUCGCCCCCCUGACCGUGUGGGACCAGGGCAGGUCGCGGAAGAGGGAAUGAGCCUCGUUUCCCCCCCACACCCACAGCCCCGCCCUGCCCUGCCUCGUAACAGCACUCGGAAACCACCCUUAGCCCCUCCCCUAACCACACCCAUUAACUUGUUAGCCCCGCCCCCUGACCACACCCCAAACCUGCCCUUAGCCCCACCCCUAACCAUAAUCUGAGCCCCGCCUCCAACCACACCUUCUGCCCACCCUUAGCCACACCCUUUGCCUCUGCCUCUCCCC